ACCUAAUUGUAAUUUGUAAACUAUUCUGCACACAGGAUAGAAUCACUGCCAUGCAGAGUUUACAUCCUCCAAAUUGAAGAUUCACAUAAUUCAUCACCUUAAAAUGCGUAUCAAGGUGGUUCCAACUUCCAAAUACCACCCUAUGUGUGCAGAAAUGAAUAUUAUCAGCAUAAGCUUUGCUUGAUGCGAAAAAAAUUAUGUGCCACCAAAUUAAUCUCAACAAAUCCCAGGUUGAAUUUGGGGGAGUCAAUAUUCAACCACAGGACUACUUAUUGAAUCUCACUCAUAUGAGCAAAGGUGAUGUAGGAGGUUGCUCGGUUGAAAAAGAAGAAUGAGGAGCUGGCCUUAAUUCUGAAGACCUAUCCAAAAUGGCCGGGGGGAUGGGGGCUGAAAAUACCCAGCUGAAGGAGAACCGCCGCCUGCUGGACGAUGUCUCAGAGCUGAAGCGGGCCAUGGCGAAGAAGGACGAAGACUUCCUCGGGCUGCCUGCUGCCUGGGUGGAAAAAAGCAAAGCCGAUGCCGCCCGGGUGAUGACGGCUACUCCUGAGGCGACCAUCGAGUCCUUCAGGCUGCUGUAUCGGAAACCUGAAGCGAAGAAGAUGAUAACUGCCAUUGGAUCCUAUGGAUUCAAGAGCGGUCAAAAGAAGGACCGGAUUGCCUCCCACCAGAUCCUGAAGAAAAGGGACCCAGAGUUCAGCGAAACUUCCUAUGGCCUGGCCCCCAUUCCUGAAGAAGGGCAAGCUCCUCCUUGUUUUUUGACAUGAUUCGCAUUAAUAUUCCAGUACUUUUCGUAUCCCGGUACUUUUUAUUGGAUGUGUUGCUUUCUUCAUAUAUAUUUUAAUCGGAAAAUAAUUGGAAGAACAAAACAAAUGCAGAUCUGUUUAUAAAAUACUCUGUUUAUAUACUCCAGAUCUGAUUUUUUAUUGUGAACUACAUUCAGGAAUUCUAUGUUCCUGGAUUAUUUAUAGACAUCAACCAACACAACUUUUGGUACUAAUCAACACAUCUAUUACUAACUAAUACAACUUCUAGAAAUAACUACCUUUAACCUCCAGAAAUAACUACCCCUGUCCCUU